AUGGACGCCGCGGAGGCGUCGGAGCUGCAGGCGCGGCUGGCCGCGGCCGUGUACGCGCUCAACCACGACGCGAGCCCCUCGGCGCGCCUCGCCGCCAACCAGUGGCUCCUCGCGCUGCAGCGGUCUCCGCAGGCGUGGGCGGUCGCUACCUCCCUCCUGGCCGCCCCGGACCCGCCCCCGCCCGCCGACCUCCUCUUCUUCGCCACGCAGAUGCUCCGCCGGAAGAUCCAGUCCCCCGGCCCCGCGCUCCCCGGGCUCGGCCUGGCGCCGCAGCUCCUCGACGCGCUGCUCCUGGCCGCGCGGCGGUUCUGCGCCGCCCCGGCCCCGCGCCAGCUGCUCACGCAGAUCUGCCUGGCGCUCGCCGCGCUCGCGCUCCGCGCCGAGGGCGGCGUCGACGGCCUCUUCGCGCGGAUGCCGCACCUGCCGCCCCCCGCCGUGCUGGAGCUGCUCACCGUGCUCCCCGAGGAGGCUGCGCAGGACCAGGGCGGCGACACGGGGGUCGACGCCGCCGCGCGGUGCCGGUUCACGCGCGAGCUGCUCGCGCACGCGCCCGCCGUGCUCGAGUUCCUCCACGGGCAAUCCGAGAAGGCACCCACCGAUGACGACGGGGUUCCCCUCCACGAGCGCAACCGCAGAAUCCUUCGGUGCCUACUGAGCUGGGUCCGCGUGGGGUGCUUCUCGGAGACGCCGGCAGCCGCGCUUGCCACGCACCCACUUCUCACUUUUGCGUUCAACUCGCUGCAGGAAUUACCUGAGGCCUUUCUGAGUAAGACACCUUAUAUAAGGGAAGUUCUUCUUCUACCAGCUUUAGCCAACCCAAGUGAGAAGAUCAUUGCUGGUCUUGCCUGUUUGAUGUGUGAAGUUGGCCAGGCGGCACCUGCUUUGGUUGCAGAAGGGGGUAGCCAAGCACUUGCUCUCACCGAUGGACUUUUGAGAUGUGUAGAUUUUACCAGUGAAGAUUGGGAAAUUGCAGAGUCAACCUUUCAAUUUUGGUGCAGUUUGGCACAUUUUAUUCUUGGUAUUGAUGUGAAGACAGCCAAAAGAAAUGUGGUACAAGAGUUGUUUGUGCCUGUGUUUUCUUCACUGCUGGAUGCUCUUUUAUUUCGUGCUCAGAUCGACACUGAUUCUGAUGGAGCACCUUGUAUACCUGAGGGACUAACACAGUUCAGGAUGAAUUUGGAGGAGCUCCUCGUCGAUAUUUGUUUGCUUCUAGGUGCCCCUGCAUAUAUAAACAAGCUCUUUUCUGGUGGAUGGGACUUCUCAAGCCAAACAAUUCCUUGGAAAGAGGUAGAAGUUAGAAUGUAUGCACUCAGCAUGGUUGCUGACACGAUUUUACAAGAUGAAAGCUCCUUCGAUUUUUCAAUCAUAAUGCAUUUUGUGAACAUUUUGUCCAGCAGAACACCUGAACUGAAUGGAAGUUUGUUUUUGGUAUAUAAAUCGUUUGGUGAUGUCAUUGGUUCGUACUCAAAGUGGCUAUCGUCUUCUCAAAGUAACAUUAAGCCCUUACUCCUAUUUUGUGCGUCAGGAAUUUCAAAAUCUAUAUCAUCAAAUGCUUGCUCCUUAGCCUUGCGCAAACUUUGUGAGGAUGCUCCUUCAUUCAUCCAUGAACCUCAGAACCUUGAAAUUCUUUUCUGGAUUAGUGAGGGCAUGAAUAAAGGGAACCUGCAGCUAGAGGAUGAGGAAGAGAUAAUUAGUGCAAUCACACAUGCUUUAAGUUCUGUUAGUGAAAAAGAGUUGAAGAAAAGUUCACUGGCCAGGUUACUUUGUUCCAGUUACUCAGCAGUGGAAAAGAUUAUUGACAUAGACAGAGAUCAAUCGAUAAGGCAAAAUCCAGCUGCUUAUACACAAUCGUUGGAUCUUGCUGUCCGUGGUCUUUACAGGAUGAGUGCUUUGUUUCAUCAUUUGGCUACAUCAGUCACAUCUGGUCUGGUUGACGAUGAUAUAAUUAUAGUUCUUAUUGGAAUACUUUGGCCACUUCUUGAAAAGCUUUUCCGAUCAUAUCAUAUGGAGAAUGUCAAUUUAUCUGCAGCUGUAUGUCGUUCUCUUUCUUCUGUUAUACAUUCUUGCGGGUUAAUAAUUGAUCAUAAUCUGCCAAUGUUAUUGAGGAGUUUGGCCACAAAAGAAGAAUAUGGGGCUUUAUGUGUUAGGACUUUUGAAACACUUAGCUCUGCAUCUUCAAUAUCAGCUCUGAAUUCUUCUUAUACCUGUGAUCAAGAACCUGACCUAGUUGAAGCAUAUACCUACUUUACAUCUAUGUUUAUUCGCUGCUGUCCAAAGGAAGCUAUUGUGGCAUCUAGCUCCCUGCUUGAGUUAUCAUUUCAAAAGGCAGCUAUAUGCUCUACAGCAAUGCACCGAGGAGCUGCACUUGCAGCAAUGUCAUAUAUGUCGUGUUUUCUUGAGGCUGUCCUUGCUGCUGUGCUAGAAUCUCCUGAGUGCAUCCCUAACGGGUCACCUGGUGUGGCCCUAAUCCAAAUCUUGGCACGCUGUGGUGAAGGUCUAUUAUCUAAUGUGCUUUAUGCUCUACUUGGUGUAUCAGCCUUGUCAAGGGUCCAUAAAUCUGCCACAAUAUUGCAACAACUGGCGGCAUUGUGCAGUUUCUGUGAGGGAACGGCAUGGAAGGCUGUUCUUAGUUGGAAUUCUCUUUGUGGGUGGCUACAAUCGACGGUGAAAUCUUUGCCUUCCGAGUAUCUAAAGCAAGGGGAAGCUGAAAUUAUAGUUCCAUUGUGGCUCAAGGUGCUUCAGGAUGCAGGCUCAGACUAUCUUUACAGCAGGACUGGUGAUAAUAUAAGAAGCCAUCAAGGUUACAUGCAAGGGAAGGGUGGUAGAACUCUUAAACGCAUAAUCAGAGAUUUUGCAGAAAGCCACCGGAAUGUUCCAAUUCCCAGUCCUUCAUGA